AGAGACUGUGCCAAGUGCAUGAUCUGACUGGACAUCCCUUACAACAUGAUGGAAGGACUUUUACUUCUAGGCUUUGUUGCAGUUGUUCUAAGCAGAGUUCCUGAUGACCAAUAUGCUGGGGAUAAAGUUCUGCAUCUGAAACCAGAAAAUGAACAGCACCUGCAGUUUAUAAGGGACAUGGCUCAAACAGUAAAGAUUGAUUUCUGGCAGCCGUCUUCUCUCGACCUGGUGACCACCAACAGGAGUGUGGAUUUCAGGGUCCCUGCAGACUGGGUUUCUGACAUUCAGUCCCGGCUGGAGAAGAUUGGAUUGAAAUACAACGUGUUAAUUGACGACAUGAAGACCCUGAUAGAAAACCAAUUUGACCAAAAGGAUACGAGCUCAACGUUCUACAAUUAUGAAAAAUAUCAUCAGUGGAUUGAGAUUGAAUCCUGGAUUGCUAAAGUUGCAAUCGAAAACCCAAGACUGAUUUCUUGGUUCAGAAUUGGAAGGAGCUAUGAGCAUCGCAACAUCUAUAUCCUCCGGGUCGGCAAGAGAACAGGUGUGGUGAAGCCCACCAUCUUCAUGGACUGUGGAAUCCAUGCCCGGGAGUGGAUUUCUCCCGCCUUUUGUCAGUGGUUUGUGAAGGAGGCUGUUCAAUCUUAUGGAAAAAAUUGUAGCAUGGCCACCCUUCUUGAUAACCUGGAUUUCCUGAUUGUUCCUGUUGUCAAUGUGGAUGGUUAUGUCUACAGUUGGACCAAGGACCGACUAUGGAGGAAGACGCGCUCCAGGAAUCUUGGCACUAACUGCGUGGGCACUGACCCCAACCGAAACUUCGAUGCUAAGUGGUGCUCCAUUGGUGCCUCGAGGAACCCAUGUGAUGAGACUUAUUGUGGGUCGCAUGUGGAAUCUGAGCAAGAAGUCAAAGCUGUGGCAAACGUCAUCCGUAAAUACAAAGCGAUCAAGGCUUACAUCACAAUGCACUCGUACUCUCAGAUGUGUCUCUUUCCAUAUUCCUACACAUACUCAUUGACCCCAAACUACAAGGAACUGAAUUUCAUCGCCAGGAAGGCAGUUAUGGCCUUGCAGAGCCUUCACAGAACUCGAUAUUCCUACGGUCCAGGUGCACUCACAAUAUAUCCUUCAGCUGGAGGUUCAGAUGACUGGGCCUAUGAUUUUGGAAUCAAAUACUCGUUUACCUUUGAACUCCGUGAUACAGGCAGGUAUGGCUUCCUCUUGCCUGAGUCCCAGAUCAAACCAACGUGUGAAGAGACCAUGUUGGCAAUCAAAUAUAUCGCCACUUACGUACUCAGGCAUCCAUAUUAAUCUACCUCGGUGAAUAAGUAACCACUGACUCUCAGAAAAUAUUGCGUAUGUAUGUUUCCAUUGCUUAGGGUGUAUCAGUGUAUAAUUGAUUAUGUGGAGGGAGCAGAGUUCAGAGAUCUUCUGGUCAACUUCUCUCGGGGUUUGAAAAUAUGAUCUCUCUCUCUCUCUCUCCUGUUUCUCUGUUGUCCGGUUCUUACUGUUCCUCUUUCUCUCUCUCUCCAUUCUUUUUCUUUUUGCUUCUUCUCCCUCUGCCUUUCUCUCUGUUUCUUUCCCUCCAGAAGGAGGUGAUGGAAUUGGAAGAGGAAAAAUGUCCCACCUUGAGGAUCCACUUCCACUUCUUGCUUCAAUUACUCGUGUUCCCCACCUCACCCACCCCACCACCUUGCUCCUCCAGUUCUCCACCCCUUCACUCUCUGAUAAGAACAUUCACUCCCCUUCAUUCCCUUCAAUUUUACUAGCCCUUUGCCACCAAACUCGAUGUUUAGUUUGUCUAUUCUCUUCUCCCUUCACUUCCCUCUCAUCAACCAAACUAGUCCUUCCUCCACAAGACUGAUAUCUCCUUACCCUCUACCGAUUCCCAGCCUCCAUAGACCUCACAACGUCUACCCUACCCUCCUAUUCAUUUCACUCAAAUGCUUGCCUUGCUUCCAAACCUAACCUAUCUUUCUCUCUUUCUAUUUCUACAUCGAGCUCAUGCGGGGUAGAAAAUACACAUUAGAUAGCCACAUGAAUGAUAGAAAAAUAGGGGGCUAUGUGGGAGGGAAGGGUUAGAUAGAUCUUAGAGCGGGAUAAAAUGUCGGCACAACAUUGUGGGCUGAAGGGCCUGUACUGUGCUGUAGUGUUCUACGUUCUAUGUUCUAAAAUCACAGUAGCAUAGAGAAAAUGGGAUUCAGCAUGUACCAGGUGAGCGACUCGCUAACAUUCAGGCUUGUAUUUAAUUUUUACCUCUGUGUCUGUCUUAGUCCUAAUAUUUGGUUUUCCACAUCAACAAAGCACUGGCAAAUUUAUGAUAGCUUUGAAAGCCAACAUAUUUUUGAAAAUUGAAUUCAUAUUAACAUUGUAAAUAUGUGUCUGAUUCGUUUUCUAUAGUUUGUACAAAACAAAAUUGAUUUGUUUGGAGUACACUGUCAUUUCAUGCUCGUUGAGGUGCCCAUGCAUACUGUCAAUAAGAGCUUCAAAUGUAUACAUUCCAAUUUGUCCUGUAAUGUCAAAAAACUUGAAACAUAUCUGAGCAGGAGAUGUUAUCAGUUAAAAUUCUUCCUUCCCAUGGCUGAUCAGUUAAAGAUCUUCCUUCCCAUACUUGGCAGAGAUGGGGCCAAUGGAAGCAAAACCAAUGUUAACUUUCAAAAGAGAGUUAAUUUUAACGUCUAAGAAAAUUACGGAGUUAUUAGGGAAGAGCAGGAGAGUGUGAUUAACUGGCAGUUCUUUCAGAGAGCUGACAAAAGCUGAAUGGUUUGGAUGGUCUUAAUUUAUCCAGUAAUUCAAUAAUUCCAAGGGUGCACUAUAAAUUGUCAAACUGCACAAAACUAACAUUUUCCACAGGGUCAUAGCUCUGGGGAAGAUAAGAGUCCCAAAUCUCUCACUCUCAAUUAUAUGAUGGCAUUUAACAAUAUAGUUAGUAGAUUAGGACCUGAAGAUGCUGGGUUCUGGAUUUCUCCAUCCAGAUUCUUUCUGGAGCAGAGUUUCUUUCACCUAAUGGGUAGAGGGAGAGAAAUAAUCCCUUCCACGACUCCACAUCCCAUUCCAAAUCUAGCGAUUCGCUGUUCACUUAUUCCUGUUGUGUAUUCCAGAAGUUUGCGCUGCCGGAGGUGGAGUUUCCACCUAGAGGUCCAACCUUCAAGCUGAUGUUACAUGCCCAAAGAUACAUCAGCUUUCAGCCCCUUUCCAUAUAACAAGAGCACAGGUUACAACACAACGCACUUGUACGCAGGUCUCCAACCAGCUCUCAGGUUUCAGAACCAUACAAUGCUAGAAGGAAACACCCAUCAUCAGCUCUCCAUGUGCCAAAAAACAUAUUAUCUGCUGCAUUAUUUGCUUUCAUUGUGGAAAAGAUAUUUUAUUUAUAAAUGGUUUUGUUUCCUUAUGCAUUGUGGGAUAAUGUAAGUGCCGUAAUAAAAAAACACACUUAACAAAGA